AGGGUCUUAACAAAUUCAUUCAAUUUCCAUUGCCUGGGGAAACCAAGAGGGUGAUCAACUCCGAUCGCUAAUCUGCAGAGCGCACCUAUUUUUUUUUCUUUCUUUUUAGCAGGAUGAGGAUGAGAUAGAGCCUGUUGCUGCCCUGGGAGGCUCCUUUUUCGGCUCUGGCUCACACACACACACACACACACACACACACACACACACACACACACACACACACACACACACACACAGAGGCAGGCGCCCUCAGACAUACACACAAACAACACACAGGCGCCUCCGCGUAAAUAUUUACACACUGCCACAGUGAAGUCAUCCACGCACAUUUUCUUGCAAAUCCACUCGCGCACACACGCACUUCACAUGCACUUGAGUCCUAUCUCACUGAUAGCCACAGAUAUUUACACACCUAGGCCAGGAAAGCCCUAACAGCAGUGGGUCCAGUGACUCCCUGCAGAUUCCCAGGAUACGCCUUUUACAUUGUUUCUGAACCGAUCAGCGAACACAGACAAACCUGUCAACACUAGUCCACUCGCUGGAUGUCAUCUCCAUGGCAACAAGCAUGGAAGCAACUGUUGUAUUCCUGAGAAACUGAGCCAGACUUCAGUGUGCAGAGCUUUCAUUGUGUUGAGAUCACCACAAAUGGAGGGGGAAGAAUAAUUGGGCAGAACUUGAGCUGAGGUGUGAGUUCAAAAGCCUCAGUUUACCCCUGGGAACCUUAGAGUUCCAAUAGUUUCAGAGUUUCGAAACAGUUACAAUUUCAGAGUUGUGUCCAUUCCAAUCAAGAUGGCCCCGCCUGUCACUGAAAACCGUCUGCCCUAUGAGGGGGCUGUUUCCUGGGCUGAGGCGGCUCUCUGAUGGCCAAGAGGUGACUCCAGCAAGAUUUCUAAAGGGUCACAAGGAUGUGACAGAGAAUAAUGAGUAGUCCCUACUGUGGCAACUCUUCAGCUAAGAUGAGUGUCAACGAAGUAUCAGCUUUCUCAUUGACUCUGGAACAAAAAACUGGUUUUGCUUUUGUGGGGAUUUUGUGUAUCUUCCUGGGACUUCUUAUUAUUCGAUGCUUCAAAAUCCUGCUCGAUCCUUAUAGCAGCAUGCCUUCUUCUACAUGGGAAGAUGAAGUUGAAGAAUUUGAUAAGGGGACAUUUGAAUAUGCACUUGCCUGAGAGCACCAGCUUUAUUGUUGCCACUGGGACACAUGGUGGAUAUAAUUACAAUGACCUUGAGUGCACUGGAGAGAGGCUUGUUUUAGUCAAUGAAUUCAAUAAAUGUGUGUGGUUGAUUCUGACACCA